UCUAUUAAACGGAUUAUUAGUUAGACAGAGUGGGAUAAAAUCAUGCCUUCUGACGGUUCAGACACUGUUUUGACCAGGCCGUCGUUCACCACCCGCAUUUACUGAGGGAUGAAGAGCAGAAAACAGAGAGCGGUCAAAGCUGGAAGCAUCAAAAGGAAAGUCUGCAGUGAUGUGUCCCCCUCCACCAGCCUUCCUCCUCUGGUCGAGGGCCAGCUGAGAUGCUUUCUGCGGGUGACGAUAAACCGGGUGUUAUGGACAGUCCGCAAGCCCCCGUCUGCAACGUUCGUCCGGCUUCGCUGGUGGGGAGAGUCAUCCAAUGGGACACACUUCUUUCCAAGAGAUGGAUCACAACUCUCACAGAAGACCAUCAAGACCACAACUCGCUUCGCCAUCCGAUGCGGGCCAAAGCAGUUCACCUCAUAUCUUACAGAUAUGGGCUCAUUGGUACUGGAAGUUCUGACAAAAUCGGAUCAUUUGCCAAUUGCGCGGGCUGAGGUCGCAGGCAUCUCCCAUAUCUCUCUGUCACACCCCAUUAGUGGAUUUUACACCCUUGUAUCUCCAACAUCUGAAAAACUGGGGGAGCUACAGGUUUCACUUACUUUAGAGCCCCUCACUGAAGCCUAUGACAGCAGCAGCUCAGGUCCCACCACAGACAUCAGUGUUGAAGUACCACAAGUUGCCACACUGACUGUGCCCUCACAGCUCAGACCACUCUCUGGUCGGAGUGGGAAAGAAUCAGUUAGGAGCAGCAGUGGAAAUACACCAAGAGGGAAAGACCAUUUAUAUUUCCAAAAUGCCCAGAAAGAAGAAGGCAAAGAAGAGUCACUCGAGAAUCAGAUGCCAGUAAAAAACAGAUCUCAGAACAGCCAAACAGUCAUGAAUCCUUCAAGUCAGGAGCCUUGUGGACCAACAACCAAUGAUAUCCUCUCAGUUAUUUUAGAGCGUGGGAACAAGCUUAGAAAUGCUAUGGUGGUAUCAGCUUUGACAUGUGACACGGAUUCUGCUCCAGCUCUGAAAGAUACUCCGCUGCCUCUCCCAAAGGACAACAUCCUACCACCUUCCACGCCUUUUCCUUCUCAUUCUGGGAUGUUUCUUCAAAAUAUUCUUCAUGAUGAUUCAACUCUAAAACACUCUGAUGUUGCUGUAGUCUCAGACUGUGGCUUAGACUGUGCUGCUGACAUGGACAAAAGAGCUGUAGAUCUUCUCCUUGGCAGCUUAAACACAUCUCCUCUGCCUCUCUGGGAUGGAGAGGACUUCUUCCCUGAAUCUCUGUCUGGCCACAGCAGCAUUUGCGAGGAUAGUGAGCUCAAUGAUCCACAAUACGAUCAGAGCUUACUGGAAAAUCUGUUCUACAAAACUCCUAUGCCAGAUACCAGACAGGAUGACACAGAGGCAGAGUCCUUGAGUAAAAAUCAGCCAAAACAGCUGACAUGCUCUCCGCCCAAGAUUAGUGAAGGUCCAAAUGUAGAGCAUCGGCGCUCUCCAGAUGCUGGUGGUAUUGUUCCUGGCCUGAGCAAGGAGCAGUUGACUUCGCUCAGUUCAAUCCGAUUGGCGAGAGUGACCAUCGACUCCCUGACUGUACCUACAGGCAGCACAGCCACCACACCCAGAAAGUCAACUAGUAAAGGGAAACCUCCUCGACCAUUAACUGGCAAAAAAUGCACUUAUUUUGUUGAAUACGUGUUCCCGACGGCAUCCACUUCCAGUCGACAUGAUCGUGAUAAAGCUGCAGAUGGCGAGGUGACCAGAGCUGUUUCCAGUAAAGUAACAAAAGGAGCGGUGAAGUUCCUCCAGCACUUUGUGUUUCCUGUCCACCUCAGCACAGCAGCAGUUAAACAGUGGUGGAAAACUGAUCUUGUUUUCAAGAUUUAUUCACGAAAGAGUGACCAAAAGAAGCCGGUUCCCAUCGGUAAAGCGGUUUACCCACUGCGUUGUCUGCUGCAGAGCAAGCAACUGAGUCAGUCUGUCGUCUUACCUGUGCAGAGCCUGGAAGGAAACAGGGAAAUACAGGAGAGUGGACCUCUUGUGGUGUCAUUAGAACUUGCAACAGACGGCAAAGAUUUCUCCUCUGGAAAAAGCAAAAGCAAGCUGGCUUGGAGAGACACAUCACCUUCACAGGCUGCACUCAGUCCACAGAGAGAGAACAGCUCUACAUCUCAACCUGUUCGAACUGGGAGAGAGGAGUUACCUGCUCACUCUUCAGAAGUCUCCAGACUAAAUGUUUGGAGUCCUCAGAAACCCUCCAAAGAACCCACUCCUCAUCUCGGCCUCCACAUAUCUCCUCAUAAAUCAUGGCAGCAGGUGGAAGAGGACCCUGAGGUCCUGCUGCAUACCUUACUCAUGGUGCCAGAUGGAAAGAACUUCAGCUGUGGGCCCUUGCAGGCUCCAAAUGUGUACUUGAAUUGUAAACUGUUUUGGUGUGAUGAGAUGGCGAGAUCUGUUGUCAGCUGGGGUCAGGCAAACCCUUCUUUCAACUUUGUUCAGGUGACUCCUGUGGCCUUAACAACUAAGCUGCUGGAGCGGAUGAAGAAUAAUGUGAUGGUAAUUGAAGUGUGGCAGAAAAAAGGAAGCUCGGGGCAGGAUCGACUCCUGGGCCUCGUUAAAUUACCUCUUCACCAGUUCUACAUGUCAUUUAGGGAUCCAAAGAUCACCCACCUUCUUCUCCAGGCGCAGUACCCUGUUUUAGGGGUGGACUGCUACAUGCCCGUCAUUGAUGUAUUCUCAGGAAGUUGUAAAGGAAACCUUAGGGUUGUUUUGGCUAUUGGAGGAUCAGAGCAGAUAGUUGCCCUCCAGCGCACGAGGGAUGAAGAAUAUGACUCUUCGUCUCAUCUUGUGAAACCAGUUCAUCUGCUUGAUUACCAGCCACAUUCGCAAACAAAGGUGAUGGCGCCACAGGAGGAGACUAUGAGAGAACAUCUGUUUGUGAUAAGAGUGGAGAAGGUAAAUGGGCUGACACCUCUACAGUCUACAGUGUGGGGUGAAGCUGACUGCUACGUCCAGUACAGUUUCCCCUGUCAAGACAGUGACCCUGCUGCAACAGUGGACCAGAACCUCAUAGAGAGUAGUGUGAAUCUGAAGCCAUUUCGUACCACCACCACUCUCUGUGUGCCUGACCCAGCGUUUGGCCACACUGAGACUCAUGUGCUUCUGGUUCCUGAAGGAGUGCCUGUCCAGAGGUUGCUGCUCAGCUCUCUUUCCAGUCAACGCCUGAGCAGUGGAGGAGGCAUCCAGUUUGAAGUGUGGUGCAGAUAUUAUUAUCCAAAUGUCAGAGAUCAGCUUGUGGCCAAAGGACUGCUUCCGUUGUCCAAGCUCUGUGCCCUGGUCACCAUGCAGAGACAACAUCCUAAUGAGGCCCAAAUGUUCUCCCUACCACUGAUUCCAAGGACAGAUGGUCCCACAGGACAUCAGCCCCAGCCCUCAGGCCUACUAGAUGUUUGCAUCCGGUACAAGAAUCGCCCUGUGAGACCUGAAGGACAGACUGGUAGAGGAGCUGCCUCUCGUGUUGUCACACUUGUGAUUCAAGUGCACAGAGCAUCAGGUCUGCAGGCAGCAUCAAGGGUGUUAUCAGAACAAGAUGAUAGAUUCAGCUACUUUGCUGGUGUGGGGGUGAACACAUAUGUCACAGUCCAGCUCUCCUUCUUGCCUGAGAGCGAGAGGAGGUGUACCCGCAUAGCUGCCAGGACCUUCUGCCCUGAGUUUGACCACCACAUGGAGGUGUCCUGUGAUCUGCUGGUUCAGAGGAGCAGCGGAGAAACCUGCAGCCUAGCUGAGCAGCUGGAAGAAGCUUCUGCUGUCUUUACUGUUUGGAACAAAGACAGUCGCAAAGCAGUGAAUGUUUCCAAGCCUAAAGAUGUGGUGUUGGGCACAGUGAAGAUACCACUAGUUGAUCUCAUCCAUAGAAGAACAGGUGUUUCUGGCUGGUUUGGAGUUUAUAUACCUCAGGAAACAAAUUCUUCUCAGCAACAGCACAUCUUGGUUGGGGGUCUAGAGAUCUCCGUCAACUUUGCCCACCACUCAGACAGAGAAAGAGUCAUUAAAGCUGCUCGGGGUUUGGGCUGGGUAAUGGGCCAGAGUCAAUAUGAAAUGCAGGAUGACGAAGAAGCCUGGCAAGAAAGCACGAAGAAACUCUCUCUUACUUUUUCAAUGCCUAGAGCAUGGAUACCAGUCCACUGUUUGCUUCUUCCGGGCCACAGUGAGCUUCAGCGCUCUACCUAUUGCUACUUCAGGUACAAGUUUUAUGACCAGGAAGCCUUCUGCUCUCCCAUGAAACACCCGUCUGUCGUGGAGGGCAAGGACGGCCAGGCCACAUUGAGUUUUGAAGGAAGUAGAACUUUGGAACUGAGUAGGACUCAACCUUUAAUGUGGUAUCUACGAGAGGAGAGGCUGGAGGUGCAGGUGUGGGUCGCCUUCAAGAAGGACAAAACCAGAAGACCCACUGACACAGAUCGGCUGGUUGGCUCAGCAUUUGUUGAUCUGUGCUCCCUUGCAAAGAAGCCUAAGCAAAAGCUGACUCUCAGUGGCGUGUACCCGCUGUUUAGGCGCUCUGCAGCAGAUCUACAAGGGGCUGCUCUGAGGGUGCACAUCACCCUGACUGCAGAUUCUGUCCCUGGGGAGGCAUCUGCUGGAGCUGACACCCAGAUGGACUCUGACUACCAGGGGGAACUCUUAUCAGAAGAGGUGGAAACAGGAGAUCGACCCCCCUCGCCCACUACACUCAAAACAUGCACACCAAGCAGACUCAAGAAUAAAUCUUCCAGAACCACUCCAGACAUCACAUCUGUGCAGCAUACAGAAAUGAGCAUGGAUGAAUCUUUCCCUGUGACUGUCACGGUAGACCGGGCUAUGCACCUGAAUCUGAAAGGCUGUCCUCUGGCAGAGCGCAGUGAAGGGACACCAUGCUGCUGUGUUUCAUAUGUCACUGCUGAUUCUGCUGAACCAGUGUCCACAGCUGUCAUAGCCAACACUGACUGCCCUGUGUGGGACCAUCAACAUGAGUGCAGGCUUUCAAAGCAGAUACUUGUUGAGCCACAACAAUCUCUCGUGUUCAAAGUCUGGCACAAAGGAGAAAUAGAAAGGGUACUUGGAUUUGCCUCUGUAGACCUGUCCCCUUUACUCUGUGGGUUCCAGUCGGUGUGUGGUUGGUACAACAUCACAGACUUCAGUGGUCAGUGUCACGGCCAGCUCAAAGUGUCUGUCACUCCACUAAAGGGGGUCCAAGAUCUCCGAGGAAAGAGAAAAACUGUGAAUGAAGAAGCUGCCAAAAACUCACCGGCUUUAUUUCAGGCCCUUCCUCUCAGCUAUCAUACCACAGCCACCUACAGUAGCUUCCCCUGUCACAUCAGCCGCUACCCUGAGCAGAAGAUCUCAUCACCUGACCACACAAACAGACUGUUCCCUGAAAGGUGCAGUGAGGGUGACCGUCAUUUUGAGCACAUGGACAAAGUACGUCUUUACCAUCAGAGUCUGCAGGAGCAAACAGCAGCUCACUCUGUCUGCAGCAGCAGUGCAAGUGACAUAAAUCCCUCCAGCUCAUUCCUGUUUUCAGCACUCAGGAAAAAACUCAGCGAGCUCGACAACAUCCAGAGAUAUUUCAGUCGUAAAAUUUCCACUCCCAUGUUCCCGUCUGUGACUGAGCAGGAUUGUCACACCAUACAUGAGGAACAGAGGGAGUCUGAGACAGACACAACUCAGCUUCUUCUCAAGUCCAAUCAAUUAGUCGGAGAAGUCAACAAUAUCAUUAGUGGCCUGCAAGAACACCACCUGGAAACGAUUCCCUCCAACCCCCAGAGCCGCUCAACAACUUCCCCUGUUGUUGAUAGGAACCUUCAAACUAUCCCUGAGAGUAUCUCCUGUCUACACAGAGCUUCAAAUUCUUCCCAAGAAGACGUGUCUCCUCUGCACUCGCCUCUUCCAAAGAUGUCUGAAGAUUGUACAGACUCUGAGGCUGAGGAAGAAAAGCAUGGACAAAACUACAAAGUUACUGAGUCUGAGCAUGAAAAGGAAGAAAGAACAGAUGAUGAUGAAGAUGGAACAGACUGCAUACGAAACGAGGGAAGUGAUGAUGAAGGGGAAGAUGAAGAUUAUGAGGAGGUUGUGGUGAAGCCGAGGCAUCUAAAUGAGGUCACCUCUUUAACGGACAAAACCAGUCCCUGGACCAGCAUCCUGUCAGACCCUGACAUUGUUGCUUUGGAGAGCCUUGAGGCACCAGAGGAGCCGGACCUGAGCCAAGAUGAGGACGAGAAGAGGCAGAUGGUGAAUCUGGAAACUCGUGACUCUAGUGGGAAACACAAAUGUACCAGACAAGAGGAAAGUGACAGUUUUAAUGGAUCAGCAGGAGAUGUUUCAGACACGGAGAGAGAUGAUGAAAGAACACAACAAGCUUUAGAUCAGAGACGAGCAAUAUGGCCUCACAGCCCCAACAAGGGGUCAGGUGACACUAGACCAUCACCCACUGUACAGCACACCACAGAUCCCCCUGAUGUUUCCUUGGAUGAUCAAGAUUCACAGCUCCAAUCCUGUGUCCCUGUGGUGGUCCCUAAUUUCUUCCUCCCCUCUCACCAACUGGAGGCAUCUAUGAGAGCCAUAAAAUUAGCUCCUUCCUUCUCCCAGUCGUCCAGUGACCCAGGGAGGAUCUCUCCAGUUCAGAGCUUUCCUCAUCGCAGAGGUCGUCCGCAGCGCCCCAACAUGUCGCCAUCAUCCAUGAGGAAAGAGACUGAAAGAAUAGCAAAAAUAUUUGCAGCUCGAUUUGAUGAGAAUGAUUAGUAUGUGCUGUUUUUGUUUGCUAAACUUUUCUAAUCACAUUUUUUUGUUUCAGAC